AUGAGCGUUCCCUACCCCUUCCAAUUCAACACCCCCGAUCAACCAACCUCCAACGGAGACGGUACCUUGGCCUCCCUACCCAUUAAACUCGAGAAUGUACGCGGUCGAAUUCCCUCCGCACAGGCAUCACGCCUCCGAACCAUGAUGCUGGAAGCCCACAACAACCCCAACAAGAUCAUCGCCCAUGCCUGCAGCUACGAUGGACUCUCCUCCCGCCUGGUGGAAGAAGCGGGAUUCCCCAUUGUGUUUCUAGCAGGGUAUGCUGUGGCCAGUGCCUUUGGACUACCGGAUACUGGCUACAUUGCUAUGGAGGACUUGUGCCGGAAGAUCCAGGAGAUCGUGCGUGUAACGAGUGUGCCUGUCAUGGCGGAUGGUGAUACGGGGUAUGGAAGUCCUAUGAAUGUUAAGCGGACGGUGGAGUCAUUUGCGAUUGCUGGGGCAGCUGGUGUGAUGAUUGAGGAUCAGACUUGGCCGAAGCGCUGCGGUCAUACAAAAGGUAAAUCCGUCGUCUCCCGCGGUGAAGCCUACGCACGAAUCCAAGCCGCCUGUGACGCCCGCAACGAAGGCCAAGACAUCUUCAUCCUCGCACGAACCGAUGCCCUUAUCCAUGGCUGGGAGGAAGCAAUGACCCGGGCUAAAGAAUUCAAGCGUAUUGGCGUCGACGCUGUCUUUGUUGAGGCCCUACCAGACCGGGAUGCGAUGAAACGAUGCGCCGAAGAAGUUGACAUUCCCAUCUUCGGGAACAUCAUUGAGGGUGGGAAGACGGAGAACCUGUCUGCGUUGGACCUCGCCCAGUUGGGCUAUUCUGCCGUUGCGUAUCCGUGGACAUUGGUUGCAGCGAAGCUGAAGAGUAUCCGGGAGACAUUGGAUGGGUUGAAGAAGAGUAUGACGGUGGGUGCACCACCAAUGAUCCUGGGAUACUCGAAGGUUUGCGAAGGUGUUGGGUUCAAUAAAUACUGGGAACGGGAGACGCGAUAUGAAUACGAUCAGGACGGCCUUGUGAACCUACGUGAGUAA